AAGGGAGUGAGGUGAUGUUAAGGGCUGUCUACCAGGGAAGAAACAACUGGAACCCUUCCCCAGUCAAGGAAAUUUGACUGUUUUUUCCCUUGACAGGAACGUCUGAUUGGGAGAGAUGGUGAUGUUUCUGAAGGGCAUAGGCCUUCUUUUGCUGUUCUUCAUCCUGGGGCUUUGGCUGGUUUCACCUUCUUUGACACAAGGAAAUAACAGGGAGAGAAACUUCUUGACUCGCCACUAUGACUCCAAACCAAAGGGCCGGGAUGACAAGUACUGUGAAAGGAUCAUGAGACAGAGACAGUUGACCCAGCCCUGCAAGGAUUUCAAUACCUUCAUCCAUGGUGAUUACCCCAGCAUCAAGGCUGUCUGUGGAGACAGAGCUGGGAAACCCUAUGAAGAGGGGAGGUUUAGGAAAAGCAACUCACCAUUUCAGGUCACCAAUUGUGAGCAUCGAGGAGGGUCCACAAGACCUCCCUGCAAGUACAGGGCCACCCCUGGCUUUAGAUACAUUGUAAUUGCCUGUGAGCAUGGCUUACCUGUUCACCUUGAGAAAACUACUAUUGCAAAAUAAUUUAUAUUAGGAGUUUGGCAGCCUAAGACAUGGGUGCCCUAAGUGGUAUUUAGGUUGAUACCAAAGUUGUACUAUGAUCACCUCCCUGAUGCCAGUGUCCUGACCCUUUUCGAGUUGACAUGUUGUAAUUUUUUCUUUAUAUGCUACUCUUUUCAUACCUCCAACAUCAUAAACUUGGGAUGUUGGCAAAAUUUUUUGUCAAGGUCACCAACCCCUGAUCUAUAUGCUUAAUAAGAUUGUUGAUUUUUGCUAGUUCUACUUUCAUUGUAAGCAAUUGGAACUCCAUAUCUCUUCCUUAAUGUUAUGUCCUUAUAUCCAGGAGUGCUUAUAACAGUCAUUCUGAGUCUCUUAAUAGCUGAAUUGCUCAGUUCCUUCUGUUUUCAGCCUUUGAGCACUUUUUUUUUCUGUGCUUUGAGCACUUUCAAUAAAUAAAAUACCUCUGAAAUCAGCAA